AAUCUAUCGCUGUUCGAGAAUACGCCAUCAGAAGAUUUGAAAUUGUUGAACAAUGUCCAAGCUACCCGUGGAUAAAUUUACUCGCGGUCUUUAUUUCCUGCUUGUUUAUGGUUCAAUUACCUCACACGACUUAUUCUUUCGGCAACAAUUUACUUGUUUUAUUUCCGCAUGAGCUGUUUCGUCUCUGUAACGCUCUUUCCUUUGUUCCAAAUACUUCUGAUGACAACCUAAAGCAACCCGGUUUCCCUCAAAAUUUGAACGCGCCCUCAAGGUAAUUUUAGGAAUACUGGCGGCGAGGGAAUGGGCACAAGAACUUCCAUUUGUACAUAAGCUUAGCGCCACCUCAAAUAUCUUGUAAACUGAUUUCAAACAACUCAACCAAGGAACGUAGUCUCAGCUAGGAUGGUCAAGAUGGUCUUUCGUAUCAUCGUCUAUUAUGUCUUGGUUUGUAUGUUUCUGCACCUGGCUUCCGUUAAAUGUUCAGGGUUAAUCAACGAUUCCAAUACUGAAAUAUACAUGAAGCCACUUGAUGGAAAAAAUGUUGAAACAACCUUAGGUUCCAGUGUCACGCUAAAAUGGUCAUGUCGUGUUGGAGGGAACCUUCCAAUAGAAAUGCUAACGUGGUCGCUUAAGUUACAUACGGUAGUAAACAGGACGCGAAUUGCAAUAAUGUUUUACAGCCCUGACUCGUUCUGGAUUGAUCUAACGAAAUCAAUCCGAUACGUCGGACGAGUUAAGUGGACAGGCGUAGUGAGUCAGGGAAAGAUGUCCUUUGUGAUUGAAGAAAUAAGGAUCUCAGAUGCCCAGUGGUAUCAACUUUCUUGGAAGGUUUUACUUCCCAUUGGAAACGGUUCAAGUAGAGUGGUGGUGCGGAAACAUUCGAAUUUGUUAGUCACUCUGACAGCUAGGUCAACUUUCAAACCCUCACUUACUCAAUCUGAUACGCAGUCUAAAAGCAAAGCUAUUAUGCUGUCGACAAGCACAAGAACUACUUCAACUCUGGAUGAAGAUAAGACUGAUGUCGCCCAUUUUUCGACCGAAGUUAAGACAGUGAGUCCAAAGCGGUCAGACGAAGGUGAUCUUCCUCGUUCCAAAAAGAAAGACCAUUUUGCCAUCCUAAUGAUUGUUGCGAUUUCCUCCACAAUUGCAAUUGCCGCCCUUUCAGUAAUCAUUGUUGGGCUCUGCAGGAAAAUAAAGAAAAGAGGAUAUGAAAAAGAUCGAGGAGUUAACCAGAGGCAUACGGAAUUCGAUUUGGCGGAUGUGCCCAGGCUGAUGCACACGCAGGGGCAAGUUGAGGAUGCAAGAGCUGAACAAGAGGAGCAAGUUGACACCCGCCCCCCUACAUUGUUACCGCGGGCCCCCCGUUCGAUCCAGUGGGAGUUCCCAAAAGCAAGACUCCAAAUUCGUGAAGUGUUUGGCCAAGGAGCAUUUGGACAAGUAGCUAAGGGACUGGCUUUUCAGAUUGCUGGGAAUGCUAAUUGGACAGUAGUGGCAGUGAAGAUGCUAAAAGAGGAUGCUUGGGAGUCUGACAGACAAGACCUUCUGUCAGAGCUAUCGAUCAUGAAGAAACUCCCAUACCAUAGACAUGUUGUGAGGCUUCUUGGCUGCGUCACCACAUCUGCUAAUCCUUUAGUGAUUGUGGAGUUCGCCUCUCACGGCGAUUUGCUGGGCUAUCUUCUCAAGAGUCGAGGUCUACCUGACACGUAUUACAACACCUGUAGAAAACUGACUAGGGUCACCGCCAAGAAACUGAUGAUGUUUGCGUGGCAAAUUGCGAGCGGAAUGAACUUCCUCAGCAGAAAUAAGGUUGUUCAUCGUGAUUUAGCUGCCCGCAAUGUUCUGGUUGCAAAUGGUAAUGUUUGCAAAAUCACAGAUUUUGGAAUGGCCAGAGAUGUGCAAGGGAGUGACAUUUACACGAUGAGAGCAGGGGGGCGGAUACCUGCGAAGUGGACAGCUUAUGAGGCUCUUUCGUAUGGCAUCUACACCACUCAGAGCGACGUGUGGAGUUAUGGAAUCGUCUUGUAUGAAAUUUUCACUUUAGGUGGCGAGCCCUAUCCGGGAAUUCAGGCACGUGACAUCGCAAGAUUACUAGAGAAAGGAUUUAGAAUGCGGCGCCCAAAACAACUGGAUAAGGAACUAAGUUCAGUCAUGUUUUCUUGUUGGAACGAAGAUCCUAAAAAGCGACCAACAUUUGGGAUUUUGCAGGAGGCCUUGGAGAAAAUUGAAAAGGAACAAACGGGUUAUAUGAACCUUCAGUCCUUUGCUGACUUCUCGUAUGUCAAUAUUUGCGAUGCAAGAAAAGUCAAAGAAGAGUCCAUUCUGUAAAGGCUGUCAAAUGAAAUACAUCUGGAUGCAAUGGCCUGUUUUCAGAUUUUACUGUCAUUCCAGGAAGACUCCAUCAU